CUGACCCGCUGUCGUCACAGCCCUUUCACAGCAACAUGGCGGCCUUCGGUCUAGCCCGUAACAGUUGUGGACUGAUAAAUGGUCUAAGGGUGUCCUACAGGUCUUUGGUGCAAGUCAAAUAUGGCGCAAAAUCAGCGUGUUUGCUGCAGACGAACAUCCAAAGUGACUGUCGCUGGUACUCGGUCAGCCAUUUGUCCGUUAAGGAGAGAAUUGAGAAGAAACGGAAGGCAGCGCAAAUGGGGGGAGGUCAGAAGAGAAUAGAUGCACAGCACCAAAGGGGUAAGCUGACAGCCAGGGAGCGAGUAGAACUCCUGCUGGACCCUGAGUCUUUUGUGGAGACAGACAUGUUUGUGGAGCACCGAUGCUCUGACUUUGGAAUGGAGCAGGAUGCUAACAAGUUCCCUGGGGACAGCGUUGUAACGGGCCGAGGCAGGAUCAACGGCAGGCUGGUUUACGUGUUCAGUCAGGACUUCACGGUGUUUGGUGGCAGCUUGUCUGGAGCUCAUGCUCAGAAGAUCUGUAAGAUCAUGGAUCAAGCCUUGACCGUUGGGGCUCCCGUUAUCGGACUGAAUGACUCUGGAGGAGCUCGGAUCCAGGAGGGGGUGGAAUCCCUGGCUGGAUAUGCGGAUAUAUUUUUGAGGAAUGUGUUGGCUUCAGGAGUCAUCCCUCAGAUCUCCCUCAUCAUGGGUCCUUGUGCGGGAGGGGCCGUCUACUCCCCUGCCCUGACGGAUUUCACCUUUAUGGUUAAAGACACAUCUUACCUGUUCAUCACAGGACCAGAUGUAGUGAAGUCUGUCACCAAUGAAGAUGUGACUCAAGAAGAGCUCGGUGGCGCUAAAACUCACACCGCGGUGUCAGGUGUGGCUCAUCGCGCUUUUGAGAAUGAUGUCGAGGCCUUGCUCUACCUGCGAGACUUCUUCAACUUCCUUCCGCUUAGCAACCAGGACCCCGCCCCCAUCAGGGAGUGCCAGGACCCCAGUGAUCGUUUGGUGAAGUCGUUGGACACAGUCGUCCCUUUUGAGUCAACGAAAGCCUACGACAUGUUGGACAUCAUUCACGCUAUAGUGGACGAGAGGGACUUCUUUGAGAUCAUGCCGACCUACGCUAAAAACAUUGUGGUUGGAUUUGCCAGAAUGAAUGGGCGCACAGUGGGCAUUGUGGGUAAUCAGCCUAAAGUCGCCUCUGGUUGUUUGGACAUCAACUCGUCAGUAAAAGGAGCUCGUUUUGUUCGCUUCUGUGAUGCCUUCAACAUUCCCAUCAUCACCUUCGUGGACGUUCCAGGAUUCUUGCCAGGCACCGCCCAGGAGUACGGGGGAAUCAUCCGACACGGAGCCAAACUCCUGUUUGCUUUUGCAGAAGCUACCGUACCAAAAAUAACCAUCAUCACCAGAAAGGCUUACGGGGGAGCCUAUGAUGUCAUGAGCUCUAAACACCUGAGAGGUGACAUGAACUACGCCUGGCCGACAGCUGAAGUUGCAGUCAUGGGAGCGAAAGGCGCUGUUCAGAUCAUCUUCAGAGGAAAGGAGAACCAAGCUGAGGCAGAGGCUGAAUAUGUGGAAAAGUUUGCCAACCCCUUCCCGGCUGCUGUCCGAGGUUUUGUCGAUGACAUCAUCGAGCCGGCGACAACCCGAAAAAGGAUUUGCAGGGAUCUGGAGGUGCUGGCCAGCAAGAAGCAGGUGAAUCCGUGGAAGAAGCACGCCAACAUUCCCCUGUGAGAGCGAUCCGACCCGACUGUACACCUACACUGCUGAGUGACCCGGUUCUUGUAGGAACCCCCUCAGCAGACCGGACUGGUCCUCGCUGUUCAUCACUCCAAUCAAAGCAUUGAGUAAACAUCCUCUUGGGACUCAUUUCACUUAUCUACCCGAGUACGGUUGCUGGGAGCUGCUGUAGCAGGGCUUUGAACCUGCAUCCUUCUUGCUGCGAGGCACCGUGCCUGGUUUCUUUUAUUGGGUUUCAUAAUAAACAGUUUAGACUUAAAUGAAUUAUUGUUACUUUGACUAGAAUCAGGGUUUUAUGUCCAUCAGAUCUCCCAAAAACACAUUUUAAAUUACUUUAAUAGUUCUGUGGUUGCAGAUUCAGCAGUGGCCAUAUUGGCUAUUAUUAACUUUUGAACAAAUCUGUGUGAAAUAUGAUCUUCACCUCUGAAAGACAUUAUUUUAGCAGGAAACACAAACAUACUGUAGUUAAUGUGUUUAUUAAGGCAUUAAAGUACUUUUAGUGUUUUCCCCUUAAGGCUUGAAUAUGUAGUCAUAUUUGACCUCCACCAAAACACACUUUUCAUAUUCUGGGACUGUGCCUUUUUGCUGCUCUUUCAUCUAUAAAAUAAACAAUGAGUCACUGUU